AUGACAAAUUUAGAUCAAUCCCAAUUAAGUUAUACAACAGAAAUAAAUUCAGAUGAUGAUAUUCCUCAGGAACUUAAGGGAGAUAUAUCUGUAAUUUCUUUAAAUGGGGUUCUAAAGGAAAUUAUAACAUGUGGUGAAGGCUUUGAAAAACCAGGAAUUGGUGAUGAAAUUAUAAUAUCAUGGUAUUGGGAAUCUAAUAUAGAACAAAAUAAUUAUAGUACUCUUACUGGAGAGCCUUUAUAUAUGAUUCUUGGAGAUACUAAUUUAAAAGAAUGUCUAUCUACUUCACAUUAUAAUAUACCUUGGGGAAUUGAAUUAGCUAUUCGUGUAAUGUCAAAAGGAGAGAUUUCUAGAGUAUAUAUUUCUUCAAAUUCAAUAUAUAAAUAUCCAAGAGAACAAGGUAAAAGUUUAUUAGAUAGCUCUAUAAUAUCUGGUACCUUAAAACACUUUAAUAGUAGAUCCAAACGAUUAAUAGAAUAUUAUAUGGAAAAUAAAAGGAAUUUUAUUACAGCAAUAGUACAAAUAAUGGAUUUUUGUCAUAUAUCAAUGAUAAAUGUAAAUACUCACAAAAAAAUUUGGGUUAAUGGUAAAGGUUGGAAAUUACCUGGGAGAAAAGAUAUUUUGCAUAUAUCUGUAUUACCUUUUGAAGAAUUGAAAAGCUCUAAUUAUUGUGGUUAUAAAGUUGGAAUAGAACAAUUAGAAAUUGGUUUAUGGAAUGAUAUUGUAAUUGAUUUAAAUAAAUAUUUUGGGAUAAAUAUAAGAAAUAUAACUAUAACUAUAGAAGAUAUUAUUAAUAUAGAAGAAAACAAAGAAAUAAGUAAAAUAUUGGGAUAUUUUGAAGGUAUAAAUAUUAAUGAUUUCAUUGAAGCUUUGAUAUCUAUGAAGAUUGAAGAAAUUUCUGAAUUACGUUUUUUUAAAAAUAAAAAUAAAACAAUUCAUCUUAUAAUAAAAUUAAGAUAUUUUACUAGAAAUAUUGAUAUUUCUUUUAAUCCUCCAAUACUUAAUUAUAAAUUUGAUGAAAAAAUUCAAUUAAUGUACACUGAAAUAUAUAGAGAAAAUUUUGAUACUAAUACUAAUACUAAUAAUAUAAAGGAUAAUUUAUACACAAAAUCUCCAGAAAUAAAUCAUACAACACGAAUUAUAUUAAAUAUGAGAGAAUUAAGAUUAAUAAAUAAUCACCUACCUAAAAAUAAUUUAUCUGAAUCAAUACCACUACCUAUAUCAUGUGUUAAUGUAGUGGACGAAAGAUUAAUAGAUACUGAUAUAAAAUCAACUGAAUUUAUUAUGACUCCUGGAUUAUUUACAACUCCUUUAUGGUUAGAAGCUUUAAUUAAUGCAAUGCCAUUAAAUCAAAUUGUAAAUGUUAGAAUACCAAUAUCAUACAUUUUAUUUAUACCUCCUAAAAAUAUAAUAAUAGAUAGUGAUGAAGAAAUAUUAAAUGAUAUAUAUCCUUUCAUUAUAUUAAAUAAACCAAAUAAUGAACCAACUUAUAUUAGAAUAUUUUGGGAUUUUAAUUUAUUGUUAAAUUCAUUAGAAAAUUUGGGAGUUACUACAACUGAAAUAAUUAAUUCUGAUAUGAAUCAUUUAUUUAUAGAAAUGAAACUUAUGAUUAAAUGUGUAUUUAAACAUUUAAAAGAUUAUGUAGCUUAUAAAGAUAAAACGAAGAUAUUUUUAAUGGAUUAUUAUAAAAAAGUAGGAAAUGUAUUUUAUAAUUAUCAAGAUCCUAUUUUUAUUUCUGAGAAUUGGUACAAAGCUGCAGUAAAGUCAUAUAGGACUGCAUUGGAAAUUGCUAGACUUUUUUUCCCACUUUUACCAAAUAACAAAUCUAAAUUACCUGAAUCUUCAAUAGAAAAUAACUUAAAUAAUGAAGAGACGAUAAAAUCGCCAAAUAAUUCUAUAUUACUUAAAUAUAAAGAAGCUGAAGUAAAUAAUGAAAUUGAUCAAGAGAUAUUAAAAUCCAAAAUAAUUUUUAUAGCUAUAAAUUUAAUGCAAACAUAUAUAAAACUACAUCAAUAUAGAUGUUGUAUGGAAAUUUAUGAUAAUUUCAUAAAGCCUUUAAAUUCAUAUAACUUAAAAGGGAUCUAUAGGGCUGCAAAUGCUGCAAUAUUAGCUGAUGACUAUAAUUAUGCAGAGGUAAUACUUAAUAAUACUCAGAAAUUCUGGAAAAUUACAGAAAAUUGUUUUGAUUUUGAAGAAAGAAAUUCUAUUAAUAAGUUAUGGUUAAAAGUAGAGAAAUAUAAAAAUGAAAUUAAAGAAUCACAGAAAUCUUUAUUUGGUGGAAUUUUAUUAAGGAACUGA